AUGCAUUUCACGGUCAGGUCAAGGGCCGCUGUGACUACAGUCCUCAGCUCAUCUCUGGGAAAGCGGCAUCUCUCUAUGUCCAGGGCACGCACGUCUCCAAUCACCACUUUCUCCAUCAACGGUGAUCGAUUAUGGAACGAUAUUCAUCACACUGCACAGUUCAGCGCACCUUCUCCCGGUGGAGUGACACGUCUAUGUGCCGAUGACAAUGACAAGAAAGUGCGAGAUUGGUUCCGAGAUCAAGUGCUCGCUUUGGGUGCAGAUUACAAGGUAAAUGCCACAGGGACCCAAUUCGCACUUAUCCAAGGUACCGACAACACCAUCCCGCCGAUCGCCAUGGGUAGUCAUUUCGACACAGUAGCGACGGGAGGUAAAUUUGACGGUCCAUUAGGGGUUCUCUGCGCGUUAGAAGUCCUACGAAGUUUCCGCGAACAGAAUAUCAAGACCCGAGCACCCCUCGUGGCCAUCAACUGGACCAACGAAGAAGGCGCCCGGUUUUUCCCGCCUCUGGGUUCGUCUCAGGUAUACGCGGGCCAAAGCACCAUCACGGCGGCUCACGCCUCGUACUCGAACGACGGGUCUCCCGAGACCAUGGGCAGCGAACUCGAGCGCAUAGGCUAUGUCGGGUCCGGACCCAACACGUUCGAAGAGUUCCCCAUAUCGGCGCACUUUGAAGUGCACGUCGAGCAGCAGAGCAGUCUGGAGCGGGCUGACAAGCCCGUCGGAUGGGUGGAAGGGUGGGAAGGCAUGACGUGGUACGAGGUCGUGUUCCAUGGGGCGGACGGCCACGCGAACACGGCCGCCAUGCACGGACGAAAAGAUAGCGUCCAGGGCGCGGCUAAGUUCAUGACGAGCAUCGAGACGCUCGCGCACGACAUGCACGGCCGGAGCACGGUGACGGCCAUCGAGAGCGGGCCCGUGGGAGCGUGCAAUAUCCAGUCGCGGACCAAGGUGGUGUUUUGCCUAAUGCACGCCGACGCUGAGGGGUUGCUGGAGAUGGGACGACGGGCAGAAGCAUUGGCAAAAACCGCGGCUUCGAUCCACGGUCUGGGGCACGCCAUGAGCCGUACUCUGCACCUCUUGCCGGGAGAUUUUACGCCGGAAGCGGUGGACUGUGUCGCGCGCGCCUGUGGUGAAAAGGGGGUGGGCGCACGUACGUUGACGGGCCACGACUCGCUUGAGACGUUGCUUGUCGCACCGACGGCCAUGGUGUUUGUGAGGUCCAAGGACGGCGUGAGCCAUUCGGCGAAAGAGUGGAGUGACAAGGAUGAUUGUGCUGAGGGAGCUUUGGUCCUGGGGAAGUCCGUCUUGAAUUUUGACGAGUACCUUUUGAGGAGGAAGUGA